GCCAGGCGGGGCAGUCCCGGGCCGGCCCGCUCCGCCCGGAGAUCGCGCUGAUGGCGGCGCUGGCGGCAGCGGCCAAGAAGGUGUGGAGCGCGCGGCGGCUGCUGGUGCUGCUGUUCACGCCGCUCGCGCUGCUGCCGGUGGUCUUCGCCCUCCCGCCCAAGGAAGGCCGCUGCUUGUUUAUCAUCCUGCUCAUGGCGGUGUACUGGUGCACGGAGGCCCUGCCGCUCUCAGUGACAGCGCUGCUGCCCAUCGUCCUCUUCCCCUUCAUGGGCAUCUUGCCCUCCAACAAGGUCUGUCCCCAGUACUUCCUCGACACCAACUUCCUCUUCCUCAGUGGCCUGAUCAUGGCCAGCGCCAUUGAGGAGUGGAAUCUGCACCGGCGAAUUGCCCUCAAGAUCCUGAUGCUUGUUGGAGUCCAGCCGGCCAGGCUCAUCCUGGGGAUGAUGGUGACCACCUCGUUCCUGUCCAUGUGGCUGAGCAACACUGCUUCCACUGCCAUGAUGCUUCCCAUUGCCAAUGCCAUCCUGAAAAGUCUCUUUGGUGAGAAGGAGGUUCGAAAGGACCCCGGCCAGGAGAGUGAAGAGAAUACAGCUGCUGUGCGGAGAAACGGCCUACACACUGUGCCCACGGAGAUGCAGUUUCUCGCCAGCACAGAAGCCAAAGACCACCCUGGGGAGACGGAGGUUCCACUGGAUCUGCUGGCGGACUCCAGGAAGGAGGAUGAAUAUCGUGGGAACAUCUGGAAGGGCUUCCUCAUCUCUAUCCCUUACUCAGCCAGCAUUGGGGGCACAGCCACACUCACAGGCACAGCCCCUAACCUCAUCCUGCUUGGCCAGCUCAAGAGUUUCUUUCCACAGUGUGACGUGGUGAAUUUCGGCUCCUGGUUCAUUUUCGCCUUCCCUCUUAUGCUGUUGUUCCUGUUGGCAGGCUGGCUCUGGAUCUCCUUCCUGUACGGGGGACUGAGCUUCAGGGGCUGGAGGAAGAAUAAAUCUGAGAUAAGAACCACUGCAGAAAACAGGGCUCGAGCUGUAAUUCGGGAAGAAUACCAGAACCUGGGGCCCAUCAGGUUUGCCGAACAGGCCGUUUUCGUCCUUUUCUGCAUGUUUGCCAUCCUUCUCUUCUCCCGGGACCCGAAGUUCAUCCCUGGCUGGGCCAGCCUCUUCACUCCUGGGUUUCUUUCUGAUGCUGUCACCGGCGUGGCUAUUGUCACCAUCUUGUUCUUCUUCCCGUCCCAAAGGCCCUCUCUCAAGUGGUGGUUUGACUUCAAAGCUCCCAACACAGAGACAGAGCCCUUGCUGACCUGGAAGAAGGCCCAGGAGACAGUGCCCUGGAACAUCAUCCUUCUCCUGGGAGGGGGCUUCGCCAUGGCCAAAGGCUGUGAGGAAUCAGGGCUGUCUGUAUGGAUUGGUGGGCAGCUGCACCCCCUGGAGAAUGUGCCCCCGGCCCUGGCUGUGCUGCUCAUCACUGUGGUCAUCGCCUUCUUCACUGAGUUUGCCAGCAACACAGCCACCAUCAUCAUCUUCCUGCCGGUCCUGGCAGAGCUGGCCAUCCGCCUGAGAGUGCACCCCCUGUACCUGAUGAUCCCGGGCACAGUCGGCUGCUCCUUUGCCUUCAUGCUCCCGGUCUCGACGCCCCCCAACUCCAUCGCCUUCGCCUCUGGACACUUGCUGGUCAAAGACAUGGUGCGGACAGGCCUCCUGAUGAACCUGAUGGGUGUCCUGCUGCUCAGUCUGGCUAUGAAUACCUGGGCACAGACCAUCUUCCAGCUGGGCACCUUCCCGGACUGGGCUGAUAUGCACUCGGUUAAUGUCACAGCAUUGCCACCCACCUUGGCCAACGACACAUUUCGGACCCUCUGAGUCCCCCUGGGGGACUCCCUUGAGGCUGAACCCUCUCAAAGGGCUGUCACCAUCACCUGCUGCUAGGACACUACAAAGCAAUCAAAUAAUUCUUUUCUUUAAUCCAAUAUGCGGCUAGCAAGGGUGACCUCCAGUGGCCCACUCGGGUCCACCAGCCAUUAUCUAGGACACUUUCUGUCUCUCUCAUGAAGUUCAAAGCCCAGAUAUCUCUCAGAUCUGCUGCCUGAGAAAUAAGCUCCUUUAUCAGUGAGCUGUUUUAUCAUUACGAUGCAAGAGAGCCCAGUUUCAUCAACAGUGAGCAAAUCUGGCAUCGUGUUUGUCUCGUACAGUUGGGAUGGGAGGCCAUUCAUUCCCAUGGGCACAGCUGACAUCAUCCCCCAGUGAUUACUUUCAGUUACACUGGAGAGACCACCUUGCCUUUAUCACUUUCAUGGGCUGCAGUGUUCCAACCAAGUUGUUCCAGCUGUUCACAACAAAUGUGUGAUUUUGCUUAGUUGGUGCCCAUUCUGCACCAGUUGUUUUACCCCUGCCAAUAACCAGCAGUCAGAGAUUCUUUUUUAAUCCUUGGAGACAGGAAAAGGGACAAAUAGCUUUCCAAGGACAUGAGACUGUGCAAAGCCUUUUUGCUGUUUCUCUGGGCUCCUAAGCAUACCAGGGGAAGUUCUAGAAACCUCAGCUAACAUCUCGACCCGAGAGAUUUAGGAUUCUCCUGUUUCUUCUGGGUCAGUUUGGCCAUAAUUCUGGGGUCACGCCAGGCCUGGGCCCUGCCCACCCAUGGGGUGACUCAUGACCCCUCCAGCCAGGACCCUCCUACAUGUGGCCCCCAGAGGCCUCUGUGGCUGCAAGGCAGUCAGUUGCUGCUUGUCCCAGCAGGGGGCCUUGAUCUCUCCACACACCACCUUAAGUGGUAAGCAUGUUUAGUUAUCAAAGGCCCCAUUUGUCAGGGGUGAGAGAAAAGGCAAAAGAUAAAUUGGGGACUUGUAAAAGGCCGGGGUAAAAUGUCUCAGGCAAGCAAAAGAUUGUCCCCUUCUACAUAUGGGUAAAACUGAGAUAUCCCCUUGAGCCCAAGGCUGGAAGUGGUGUCUGCCUUCAAGGGUUAAUCCCUCUUUGUUCCAAGCAGAAGCAUUCUGGCAUGCCAGUGAAGAGCACAGGCCCUCAGUGUCUGCUGAACGGAAUGGCCCAGCGUUAGCCCACAUCAGAAAAGACACUAGCCCAAGAGCCCUGAAUCGUCACACUUCCCUUUCCUAAGCCUCUGAGGGUGGAGAUUCCCCUAGGAGCGCUUGGCCAGCUGGGAAGGCAGCACCCAGCUGUACUUGUUGUUGAUACAGCAUAAGUGAAUCAUGGGCAUUUCCCUGAGAGCAGUGGGAGAGGCCCUCUGAGUCGGAGGUUGAGCUCCACCUCCUUUCCAAGCGAGCACUCAGUGCUGAAUCACAGUUACAACCCACUGGGGCUGGUGGGAGGUACGUUGUAUGGGACUGGAAGCAAGAGGUUCAUUCAAAGAGAAACUCCUGGGAUUUGUAACCAGAUGAAUCAUGAUUUCAAAGACUUCUGAUCAAAAAUACUGUGAAAUAAAGAAUGUUAAUCAACAUUGGACCUGGAGAUGAUCUGCCUUUCUGAACCUAAGAGAGCUUCAAAGCCCCAGAUUCCUGGGCUGGGAAUUCCACAGAGUUGACCUGUCAGAUUUUCAACUGCUCUUCCCUCCCCUCUCCAGUCACAUACUCAAACUCUCCUGCCUCAGGGCCUUUGCACGUGCUGUUCCCUCUGCCUAGAACACUCUGCUCCCAAAUAUAUGUCUGGUUCCCCGACUCACUUUAUUCAAGUCCCUGCUCAGGUGUCACCUUCCCUGAGAGGCUUCCCUGACCUCCUGUCUAAAAUAUCACCCUCAUUACUCUCCACCCCCUUACUCUGUUAUAUUUUCUCCUUAAUAGUUAGGACACUGUAUAACUUAUUUUCUUAUUAUCUUCUUCUCCCUCUAGAAGAUACAUUUAUGAAAAUACAAAUGACUUUUUUUUUUUUGCUGCUGUAACUCCAGUUCUUAGAACGAUUUCCAGCACAUAGCAAGUGUUCAGUAAAUAUUUGCUGCUUGAGUCUGCACCAAAAUUAACAAGAAAGCCAACUUGCCCUCUGAUCUGGGGUCUGUUUUGUUCAUUACUUUGUUCACUCCUUCUUCCAUUUAUUCAUUCAAUAAACAUUUAUUGGGAACCUGU